CAAAAUCGCUAUUUAAAUUUAACGCCGAUUUCAUAAAAAGAAAUUGAACGUCGAUAAUUUCUCUAGCAAUGGCAACAAUCAGGGCAUCACCGUCGACCUCCUCCGCCACCACCACCCUUACCAUCGACAUCAACUCGGCUGCCUCAUCCUCCUCGUCGCAACCUCAAGAAGCCCUUGUCCUCGAACUCCGCCCUAGGAAAAAGAGAGUUACCUGGAAAGAAGGAACCGUUGACAACGAAUUCAUGAACAAGAAGAGCUCCAAGAUCUGCUGCAUUUACCACAAAGAAAAGCCCUUUGAUGAAGACGACAGUGAUGAUGAUUGCCAUGAUCAUCAUCACCAUCCAUCCCACGGCAGCGAUUCCUCCAACGAUGGCUGCAGGCUCAACCCUAGCAAUAGCACCUAAUUUUUUUUGUUUUGAAAUAUGGGUUUAUUACCCUUUAUUAUUGAUGUAAUGAACAAAUUUGAUGAAAUUCUACAUCGGUUUUAUAUA